AUGAAUAGCUCUGGUUCUCAGCAUCACAAUGUCUUCGUCUAUGGUAGCUUUCAAGAGCCAGAUGUCAUCAACGUCAUGCUUCAACGUACUCCUGAGAUCGUCUCCGCAACACUCCCUGGCUUCGAGAGGUUUAGGCUUAAAGGACGUUUGUAUCCAUGUAUUGUUCCAUCUGAGAAAGGAGAAGUUCAUGGAAAGGUACUAAUGGGAUUAACAAGUGAUGAACUUGAGAAUUUAGAUGCUGUUGAGGGCAAUGAGUAUGAGAGAGUCACAGUUGGAGCUGUACGAAAUGACAAUUUAGAGAAGAUGCCAGUGAAAACGUAUAUGUGGAUCAACAAGGAUGAUCGUGAUAUGUGUGGAGAAUGGGAUUUCGAGGAAUGGAAACGAUUGCAUAUGAAUAAAUUUAUAGAGUCGUUUAAGAAAAUAAUGGAAUGGAAGAAGAAUCCUAAUGGUAAAGGAAGAGAUGAUUUCAGCCAUGUCUUACGUGAAGAGCUAUCGGAUGAGACUACUCCAUCGUCUUGAUCGAUUUGGAUUUGUGUGUUUUUUUGAGUAUGUUAUAUAUAUAUAUAUAUAUAUAUAUAUAGCACCUUUGUUUCUAGAUCUCUGUUUAUGGUAAUGUCAUAUGUCAUAUGUUGUUAUUAUAGUGUUGUCUUUUACAAAAUAAUUGUUGUUAUUCAA